AUGAGCACUCCUUUCUACAUCCUACUCGCAGUAUGUGCCGUAGUAGCGCUUGCCUUCCAUUUUAAAAGACGAGUGGCGUCUAUCAGCGCUGAGGCUAAAGCUCGUUACGGACCCGAAACAGAAUACAUCCCAGCGCGCGAUAACAUGUGGAAGAUUGAAGGCGAUACAAACAAGUGCAUCAUCUCGUCGAUCUUGGUGGUGGAAAAUCUGACUACAGAAACCAUGAAAGGGGAGUUCAUGUCGUCUAUCAAGCAAGAUCAUUAUCGUCGCUUCAAGCAACGCUUUGUGAGUUACAAAGGUUUACCCUUUUUUAUCAAGGAUGAAGAUUUUGAUGUGAAUGUUAUGAUCAGAAAAUGUGACGAUGCUACCAAACCAACGAAUGAGGCUGAAUUGAAUAUCUUUUUAGGCCGUGAAUGUUCCUUAGCGAUGCCUUUUGAUCGUCCUUUGUGGAGUAUAAUGGUGAUUGAGGACUUCCAAAAGAAUAGCGCUGGAAUUUCUGAAACCAUCUUGUUGUUCAGAAUACACCAUACCAUUGGAGACGGGAUUGCCCUCGGCACCAUGAUGUUUAAUAUGCUAAAUACUGAAGAGCAAAUGAAAGAGGUCAAGGACGGAAACGGUAGCACUAUCCCAGAAAGGACGCUGGUCUUGAGUGAGAGCUCGUCUCAAGUGCAGAAGAAACCGCCCGCGAAUCCAUGGUUGGUGCACGCGCUAACAACUGUUUUGUUCCUCCCAACGCUUCUGCAGGUCAUCUUUAUGCCGUGGGAUCGUAAUUACUAUAAAUCGACGAAUCUAGAGGGUAAAAAGAUUGUAGCCAUGUCUCAUACGUACGAUCUCGAGAAGGUUAAGGCGAUCAAGAAUAAGAUGAGUGCAAAUAUCAAUGGUAAAGUUACCUUGAAUGACGUUCUUAUGGGCAAUCUUGGAUGUGCACUAAAUCGUGUUUGGAAGAAAUUGGAUGCAGGAAAUAAACCCCCCAAGGAUAUCACUGUCGUGAUGCCCAUCAACAUGCGGUCCGACAACAACGUUCCUAUCAUCGAGAAUCGCUUUGCCACACCAAUGGUGAAGAUUCCCACACACACACCUGAACCCAUCGAAUCCGCGCUUUCGAUGAAAAAGGAAAUUGAUGCACUGAAGAAAUCAGUCACGCCUUUGAUCAUGUACUAUGCGACACAGAUCGCCGCGACAAUACUAAAUAAUAUACUCUGCGGAGCGCUGCUAGAUUUGAUGGCCUCUAAGAUUACCGCGGUAGUGUCAAAUGUACCCGGGCCGUCAGAGACUAUGUACAUAGGUACGCAUAAACUCAACAAACUCACCUUCUGGGUACCACAGAGAGGUGAUUGUGGUAUGGGCUUUUCCAUUAUAACACAGGGAAGGAAUGUGACCGUUGGAUGUAUCUUGGACGCCGGCUGCGGGGUGGAGAGCGAAAUGGUUUGCAAAGAGUAUAUGACUGCACUUGAAGAAAUGUACGAAAAGGUUGUUGCCUAGAAUAUAUUGUAGUAUCAAAAUCUAUAUCAAUAAUGUUAGAAAAU